GCCUCUUUCACUCUCUGCCCUCACUCUCUUCCUCCGUUGAUCUCUACCCUCGUAUCAACAGUGUCAGUCUCGCCUUGCCGCGGGUGGCCGCCCCUCUUCUUUCGCUGCCAAUCGACUCCACGUCGCUCUCAAGUCACUCGUUUAAUCUACCCGGUUUUCCCACCCCUUUUUUCCCAGUCCAACUCUCACUCUAGUCCGUCCACCCGUCCAGCUCCCAGUUCGGCACCACUCAAGCCGCCCGUCACUCGUUGUAAUUCUCAUUGAAGGGUUCCCCCGUCCAUUCAUUCGUUCAUCGAUCCAUCCCCGAGGAGUUUGACAGUCCAUCCUACAUCCCAAAAGUCUAUAUCGUUGUUUGUGCGCGCCGCAACCUUCCCGACCCUAUCCAUUCCUUUCACCACGCUCACUUCAAAGCGCAACAACAACAACCAAAAAAGCCAAUCGUUUAGCCAUCGCCCUUACGCGGCGCAGUCUCUCGUUUUAAUUACAUCGACUCCAAGAGUCAACUUCACACACCAGCUAUGCGUACCUCAACAUUCGCCUGGGCUGCCCUUUCGGCCCUCUCGGCCUUGGUCACGGCCGCUGACCUCGAGGCAUGGAAGUCGCGAUCCAUUUACCAGGUCAUGAUUGACCGUUACGCUCACGACGACGGCUCUACCGACCACGAUUGCACGCUUUACCAGUUCUGUGGCGGCACCUGGAAGGGCCUGAUGAACAAGCUCGACUACAUCCAAGAUAUGGGCUUCACUGCCAUCCAGAUCAGCCCUAUCGUCAAGAACAUGGAUGACGACACCGCCGUCGGUGAGGCCUACCACGGCUACUGGUCACUUGACAACUACGCCCUCAACGACAAGUACGGCACCAAGGCCGACUUUGAGGCCCUCGUCACCGAGAUGCACAAGCGUGACAUGUACAUUAUGGUCGACGUCGUCGUCAACAACAUGGUCCAGAAGCUCGAGGAACUCCCGCCCAAGCUCGACUACUCCAACUUCAACCCCUUCAACGACGAGAAGUACUUCCACCCCUACUGCAAUGUCACCGAGUGGGACAAUUCCACCGACUACCAGGACUGCUGGCUGUACCCCUACGGCGUUGCCCUCGCCGACUUGGCCACUGAGACCCAGCCCGUCGUCGACGAGUUCAGCAAGUGGAUCAAGGAGCUCGUCUCCAACUACUCGAUCGACGGACUCCGUAUCGACGCCGCCAAGCACGUCAACGACGAAUUCCUGCCCACCUUUGUCAACGCCUCGGGAGUCUUCGCCUUUGGCGAGGUCUUGACCGGCGCCCCCGCCGACUUCUGCCGCUACCAGACCCUGAACCUGCUGCCCGGCAUGCCCAACUACAUCGAGUACUACCCCCUGAACACCGUCUUCUUCAACGGCGACAUGAACGAGCUCGCCGACUGGCGUAGCCAGGCCCGCGACGGCUGCACCGACAUCUUCGCCCUCGGAUCCUUCAUCGAGAACCAUGACAUGCCGCGUUUCGCCGUCUACGACGACGAUAUUGCUCUCGCCAAGAACGCUAUGGCCUACAUUCUUUUGACGGAUGGCAUCCCCACCGUCUACCAGGGUCAAGAGCAGCACUUCAAGGGAAACUCGACGCCCUUCAACCGUGAGCCCCUCUGGGAGUCCAAGUACGACACGUCGGCGCCCAUCUACACGAUGACAUCGACGCUCCUCAAGACGCGCAACCAGCUGCAGAGCCUGAACAACAACUUCGCCACGACGGCCUCUGAGCAGCUCUUUGUCGAGAACACGCACCUUUGCCUGCGCAAGGGCCCUGAGGGCGCCCAGGUCGUCUUCUGCAUCACCAACAAGAGCUCCAAGGGCGACACAUACGAGCUCAGCGUCGGCGGCUUCAACCCCGGCGACGAGGUGGUUGAGGUCCUCUCGUGCGCGACCAGCACCGCCGACGGCACCGGCAACGUCACCCUCUUCAUGUCCAAGGGCGAGCCCAAGGCCGUUGUUCCUCUGGCCGCGCUCGACGGCACCGAGAUCUGCGUUAACGGCACCAAGAAGGCCGGUGAGGACAGCGGCGCCGGCGCGCUCGGCAGCAGCGUGACGCUGGUCCUGGCCUCUGUUAUGGCCGUCUCUUUCGCUCUCCUCGCAUAAGCAAACCCCCAUCGCUCUCGGGGUUGUGAAAGGAAGACCGAAAUGGAAAAAAAAGGGAGGAGCGGCGAGAAAGGAUGGAAUAAAGCGCGGUCUCGCGUUGGAGUGUACUGCGAGCCAGUAUACAUGUUUGCUUUUCAUAAUUCCAUGUCGAGUAUUUGUUGCUAUCACCUUUUUCCCCACUUGUUCUUCCUCGCGCGCGGAGUCGGGAUAAGCAAGGGCGGCUACGACGCAGAACCAACCAGUAUCUCUCCUUUUAUCACUCUUGUGUAUAUAUCCCUCCUGGUGCUUCCGGGCCGGCCGAUUCCCAGUUCUCCGGCCAAGGUUCUCACACGGUCUGGUGAGUAAUGUUAUUCUCUGGUACGUUUGUAUUGUUUAGUGUCUACCCUCCCCGUCC